UUUUCAGAUUCAAGUUGGGAGGAGGGGAUAAAGGAAACAAAUUGACUGCAAUAUUUUGGAGAGACUCUCAAAUGAUGGAAGAUUACAAGAUACACAAACUUUUAUAUGAGGCUGGCCACACCUUCAACUAAUGGUGUGGCCAACUAAUAUAAAAGCCCAAUUCGCCUAGUGAUAUAACAGAGCAGAGCCCAACGUAAGAAAUGAGAAAUUUGAGCCCAUUUCUCUCUCUCUUUUUGUUCUCUUCCAGUUGAGCCCAUUUCUCUCUGUUUUCUUCUUCUUUUUUUUUCUGGCAGUUCGUAUGUAACCUCCAUUUAUAAACUAAAAUUGGACUUUGCAAACAAUCAUCAUCAAGGGUUUUGUUUUCAUUUUCGUUCUUGAGUAUUAUGUUGUUCGAAUUAUUUUCGGAAUUAUGGCUAGAGUAAAGACUACAUCUCGUCGUCGUCCGAGCGAUGGUGGUCGCAGCGUUUGUGGUCCUAGUGAUGGUGGUCGUGGUUCAAAAGGUAAUACAGGAGAUGAGUCUGUUGGGAAAGAUGUUCCUAAUCGUGAAGGUAAUACAGGAGAUGAGUCUGUUAGUGAUUAUAUGGCUGAUUUUGUAAUAAGGCGUCCAACUAGGAGUAAGAAGAAUACUCUUGCAGGUCGGGAUAAAGGUCCAUUGAAGACAUGUAACAGUCAAUCUAUUAGUGAAGCUGAAGAGGAGUACAAUCCUCAUAAAAGACGUCGGGUUUUUGAAAGUACUCUUUCGAAGCCAGCUGGGAAAAAGGAGACUAAUCGUGAAGGUAAUACAAGAGAUGAGUUUGUUGGGAAAGAUGUUCCUAUGAUCCUUGAGGAGGAUAUAGCUGAUCUUGUAAUAAGGCGUCCAACUAGGAGUAAGAAAAAUACUCUCGCAGGAAGGGACAAAGGUCCAUUAAGGACAUGUAACAGUCAAUCUAUUGGUGAAGCUGAAGAGGAGUACAAUCCUUAUAAAAGAUGUCGGGUUUCUAAAAGUACUCCUUCGAAGCCAGCUGGGUAUGUGUUUUUCCCCUAUUCACUGUUGUUUAUUAUAAAUUAAUUUUAUGCUAAAGGGGUUACUA